AUGUUAUGAUAUGUUAUCUUAAAACACAUUUUCAUUACAACUCAUUAUAACUCAAACAAUAUAUUUAUAAAUGAUUUACCGUUUGAUUAGUUUUUUAAUGUUGUUUUGACGACAAUUAUUGAUCCAUAAAAUUCAAGACAUGAACCGAUUGGUCGCCAAACGACCCAUCGAUUUGGUACACAAGUCGUGCCAAUUGGUGUCACAACGUCUGGUCACUUACGACGUGAAGCCGACGGGAGAGAAAGUUGUGGUUAAUAUAAUACCCCAGAGGAGGACCAAGAAGGAGGAGUGGAUGAAUGUUAGACCUAUGGGUUAUGAACCCACUCUCAGACAAAUCAAGAACAUUGAAUUCGAUCCCAGACUCGAGUCCGACCCGUCGGUGGCCAGACAGACGGCCAGCAAUAAACUACGGUCAAUGAAAGAUCAACUUAUGAGCCGAGGCUUUUGUCGGGAAAUUAAACCAUACGAUCCUCCAGAAGAGGUCGAAAAUAUUAUUAAAACUAUUUGUUUUAAAGUAUUGUCAAAUAAAACAACAAAUGAACGACAAAACUGGUCUCACAUAUCAUUAGACAAUAGGAAUCUUAAGUUCACGUUUUUGAAUGAGUGUUCAAAACAACUCAAUUAUGAAAUACCAAAUUCAAUGCUAUAUUUGAUGAAAUCAGUAUCAGAUGUCUUCAAUUUUUACUCGACACCCAUUCGUGGCGUUUCUUCGUAUGAAAAAAUGGUUCAAAUGAGCGAUACAUUACCACAGAAUCUUCAUGUGAUUCCCGAACCGAUUCUUUACAAUCAGGAAACCGACACUUUUUUCGGUGGUAUUAAUGCCUAUCCAUUCAGUACUUAUAGGAUAAAAGGUUUGAGAGCUAAGAAAAAAUAUCAAUUUAAGGAUCGUUUUGUUUGGCCCGAUGUCUAACACAUCGACAAUAAUAUUAGUCAUUUUAUUAAAAUCUCUAAUUCAUAAAAAUAUAAU